UUAGGGUUUUCGUUAAUACCGAUCUUUAUGAACUAGAUUACGUUCAUGAGUUGCUCAUGGGUAGGGCUCUUGAGUUGCUUUAAUAAAGUUUUGCUCUUAUGGUUGAUCCUGUUGUGUUUUAGUUGGAUUGUUUUCUUAGAGUCUUGACGUUGCUAAGAUUCUGCUAAUGUUGCUUGAGAGUUAUGGGUUUAUUUUGUUUCCUACUGGUGUUGUCUCUAUAAUUUCCAGUUUUCUUUGAAGAUAUGUGAUCUUGUGUUCAAAGAUGCAAUUUCAUUGUUUGCAUUUGAGCUUUCUCAUAUGAGUUUAAGUGUAGUGACCAGGGAAGAUGCAAGGAGGUGGUGGAGAUCCUUUCAACUUUAAUUGUCCUUCUGGUGGCUUUGGAGGCUCUUCUGGUGGCCCGAACAAUGGUCCCCCGAGUCUGAUGUCUAGUUCUGGAGGAGACUCUUUUGAUGGUUUUGGUGCCCCUAACAAUGAACCUCCGAGUCAGAUGUCCAAUGUUUUAGGAGGAGACUCUGCUGAUAGUUUUGGUGGAUCUAACAACGGUCCACCGAGUCAGAUGUCUAAUGUUUUAGGAGUCUCUGUUGAUGGUUUUGGUGGCCCUUUUGGUGGAUCUAAUGGUGAUCCUCCGAGUCUGAUGUCUAGUUUUUUCGGAGGAAGAGAUCCGUUUGAUGACCCUUUCUUCACCGAGCCUUUUGGUGGUAGCAUGUUUCAGCCCAGCUUGUUUGGUCCUCCUACCGUGGACCCUUUUGCUGGAGUGCGUCCUCCUCCAUUAGGGUUUAUCGAGAAUCAUCAUCACCAGACACCACAACCGAGACUACCAGGUGGACCAGUUAUUGAAGAGAUCAAUGUUUUAGAUGCUGAGGAAGAAGGAGAAGCAUAUCAAGAGAAGAGCGUAAUCCUAGGGAAACGUGGCAGGUCAAGCAGUGAGGUGGAAACUGAAGAGGCUAUAGCUGAAGAGAGAAGGAUCACACACAUGCAAAACAUGAAUGCAAAUGCUAUGGUGGACAAUGGACAAUGGCAACAACAAACUCAAGAGAGAAGGACCAGACACAGGGAAAACAUGAAUGAAUAUGCUAUGGUGGACAAUGAACAAUGGCGGCCACAAACUCAAGAGAGAAGGAUUGCACACAUGCAAAACAUGAAUGCAAAUGCUAUGGAGAACAAUGGACAAUGGCAGCCACUAACUCAAGAGAGAAGGUUCACGCACAGGCAAAACAUGAAUGCAAAUGCUAUGGUGACCUAUGAACAAUGGCAACCACAAACUCAAGUCAGACACAUGCAAAACAUGAAUACAAAUGCUAUGGUGAACAGUGGACAAUGGCAGCCACAGACUCAAGGUUAUAGUUUCCAGAGCUCGACUGUUACUUACGGUGGUAAUGACGGAAACUACUACACUUCGUCCACGACCAGAAGGACAGGAAGUGAUGGGUUAACUCUGGAAGAAAGCAAAGAAGCUAAUACUGCAACUCGCGAAGCAGCGCACAGGAUUUCAAGAGGCUUCCAUAACAAGGGCCACACGGUUGAGCGUACGCGCAACUCGGAUGGUCGGGUUGGUACAAACCAGAUUUUGCACAAUCUGAACGAAGAUGAAUUGGCUGGUUUUGAACAGUCUUGGAGUAGCAAUGCUGGAAUGCAAAUGCAAUUCCCCAGUCUGUCUGGUUCCUUUGGCAGUGGCUUUGUUAACAGAGAGCAACCAAUGUUGCCUCCUCCGACUGAUCCAAGCUCUUCUCGUGCAAGAAGAGGGCCUUACUGUCACAGAAGAAGGAAUGCAACGGAUUUAAGCAGGCUGGGUUUCUAAAGGCUCCAAGUGAAUGCAACCAAAAGACUAUUAUAUACUUUACUUUGGUUGCAUGGUUACUGUAACCUCUGUAUGAUGACAUAAUUUGAGGAGUUUAUGAUUUAUGGUUUAUGGUUUAUGCAUGUUUGGCUACAUCAACUUGUUCUUAACUGCUUGUGCUCAAGUGAUUUAGAUCAAGCCUCAAGGGUUUUCUUCAA